UAAACAUAACGAGUGUCUGUAGCGUUCGCUAACAACUUGGGUGUGUUGGCCAGAAGAAGAUAUCUCAGUCGUUACGUUGGCAGUGAUAUCACUUUGUAAUUAAGCAACAAUGUCUUCAGUUCAGAAUCUGAGAGAGUUUAUUAGCAGGAGACUAACUGCUGCAGCUGAAGAAAUAUUCGGUGCUUUUCAAAAAACUAUCGUCGACUACGAAGAAGAGAUCGACCGUCAACGCAGACAGUUGGAUGAGACUUGGAAACCGGAAGUAACGUUACUCAGGAUAGUCCCUCCAGAGCUCCCACAGCAACAUGUCUGUCAGCAGGAGCAGGAGGAGGAGGUUGUCACUGACCAGCAGCCUGGCAUUCAGGAGAGGAGCUCCAGCAUGGACCAAGAGGAGCCAGAGCCUCCACAGAUGAAAGAGGAAGAGGAGGAACUGUGCAGCAGUCAGGAGGGAGAGCAGUUCGAGCUGAAGCAGGAGACUGAUGCCUUUAUGUUGAGUCUUUCUGAUGAGGAAGGAGAUGUCAAAGAAGAUCAGACUCUGAACUUCAACCAUAAUGACACUGUAAGUGCAGCAGAGGAAGAGUCUUCAGUGAAAAUGCAGGUUGUAACCUCUGUGGUACCAGAACCAGACAAUCAUAAUGACACUGUAAGUGCAGCAGAGGAAGAAUCUUCGGUAAAAAUGCUACUCAGAAGCUCUGUGGUACCAGAACCAAACUAUCAUCAUGACACUGUAAGUGCAGCAGAGAAAGAGCCUUCAGUAAAAAUGCCGGUUAUAAGCACUGCGGUCCCAGAAUCACACAGUGGCCACCAGCUCCUGUCUCACAACUCUCAUGAAACCAAGAGCCAAGACCAGGAAGGAGGCAAGCAUCGGGACUCAGGAUCAACUACAAAGGCAAAGCCAAAACAACAGAAUCAACACCGUGAACGUAAUAGUCACACUCACAAUGUAUCUAACCCCACUGUGUCAACAAUUCACUGUCAUACACGCACACGUAAAAAGUCUUUUAAAUGUGACACAUGUGGGGAAGCUUUCAAGAAUGAGUCAGAUUUGCAGAUACAUGUGAGAAUCCACACAGGUGAAAAGCCACAUACUUGCAACCACUGUGGGAUGACAUUCACUCAGAAGGCAUCAUUGAAUGGUCAUUUAAGGGUCCAUUCAAGUGAGAGGCCAAGUUCUUGCAAAACAUGUGGGAAAGAAUUCAGAUGUAAAAGUUACUUGUCAGACCACAUGAGAAUCCACACAGGAGAGAGGCCAUAUUCUUGCAACACCUGUGGGAAACGAUUCAACCAUGCAACGUCAUUAAGAUUUCACACGAGAACCCACACAGGCGAGAAGCCGUAUUCUUGCAAAACAUGUGGGAAAGAAUUCAGAUGUAGCAGCCACUUGACAGACCACAUAAGAACCCACACAGGGAAGAGGCCGUAUUGUUGCAACACCUGUGGAAAAGAUUUCAGACGUAGUAUAGACUUGACAACCCACUUGAGGAUUCACACAGGAGAGAAGCCGUUUGCGUGCAAAACAUGUGGGAAAGCUUUCGGUCGACGCUUUAACUUGAUAGUCCACAUGAGAGUUCACACAGGUAAUAGGCCAUAUUGUUGCAGCAUCUGUGGGAAAGAUUUUGUACAUAAUAGGAACUUGUCAGCCCACAUGAGAAGAGACCACAGUGGUGAGAAGCCGGACCUUUGAAACGAUCUGCGGGAAAACAUGCUUUGGUGCUUUGCGUUUGAGAUCGCAUACAUGCAAAUAAUCUUGUUUAUGCGAAAUAUGUUGGAGACAAUUCAACUCUUGUGGUUCCCAGUUAAAGCACACAAGAACUCACAGAGAGGAGCCACAUAAUUGCAGCAUUGAAGUAAAAGUUUUACUCAAAUUACAAACUUGGGAAGAACAUCUGAGGAUCACUAUACACAGGAGAAACUGCCGAGCUAAAACUCCUGUUGAGUGUAACUUUUACAAUAGGUACUGAAUAUAUACAGUUCCCCAUUGAGAGGAGUUUACAAAAUGUUGAGGUAGUAUAUUUUCAGCAAUGCCAUCAAGUUUUGUUGCUCUGAUUUCAUUGUUUUCCUUCAUAUUUCUGUUGGCAACAGCGUUUCUUCAACAAUCUCCCAAAGUUAUUGAAAAGUCUUUGUUGCACAGGUAGUUCAUGAAUCUUAAAAAUGUUUGGUUAUUAAUAUUGUUUUUAUUUAUUUAUUUUUAUCUCUACUGCUGUUGGCUCACGUGUCAUCCUGCCAACUAGGAUCUUUUUUUUGUCUGCAACAUGUCAUCUAAUUUUGUAUGUUUUCAUAUUUUGUGAUCGCAUCAGUUUGAUGUAAUUUUUGUUUUCGGUUUAAGUGGUGACACAGACAAAAACUGUAGAUGAUGCACUACAUGGUACUGUCAACAAUUCAGCCUAAGUAACUAACAGAACAGUCAGUUUUCUCAGGGACGUAGAUUCUAAACUGCUGUUUUUUGUUCUGCUGUGUUUUCUAACAAUAAAGCUUUGUUAGAAAAAAACAUCACCUUUGAGGUAUUCUUUGAGUACUUUCCGUUCUACUACAUAUAGUUCUACUUUACUGCAUUGUUAAAGAUAAAUUUAAUUUUCAGAGUACGACUUUUUCUUGACAGCCAGGGAUAUUUUGCUGAUAGAGAUUUUUACUACACAGGGCUAAAAUGAAGUGUGGAGAUAGAGCUGGCUAUGCGAGACUAGAUUUUAUUGUACAAAAACUUACAAUGAGCUGUGAGGAGUUUAUCCUUAUCUGC